UACAUACUACUACAUCUAUCUUGUUAAGAUAAUAUUUGUUAUCACAGCCUACGAUACAGGCUAUGCAUGUAUUCGUCCAUUUUACGCGUUUAUAACCAUACUUAGAUGCUUCAAACUUGAAGACAGAUGAACAAAUUAGCUGUUUUCGUUGGUAUAGUGUUGUUGGUGCUAGCAGUGUUUUAUGGAAAGCAUGAAUGGACGAAGAAUUCACGUGAGCUGUUUCGAAGGAAGUUGGAGACUGUUCACAACACACUAGAUGACAUAAAGGAGCAUGCAAAGGAGUUUAACGUGAAGGAAAUAGUGAAGGUCUCAGACAGUAUCUAUAUGGGAAUAGGAUUCGCUCUAGCAAAUUCGAUAAUGAUAAUUGCUCCUGAGGGUGUGGUCAUCGUGGAUGUGACGGAAAGUUACGAAGCCGCUGCGGAAAUUCUCACCGAGUUCCGGAAAAUUACGAAGAAGCCAAUCACUGACAUCGUAUACACGCACAGCCACCCAGAUCACACAUACGGAGCAAAAGCAUUUAUCGAAGAUCCCAGCAAGCCACCGCGAGUGUGGGCACAUGAGUCCAUCACGAAGGGCUUCGGGCAGUACUUUUAUGGACCGAAUCAGGCCCACUACGCCCGAUCAAUGCGGCAGUUCGGGGUGUUCCUGCCUGACCAUCUGUCCUCUGGUAUUGGGAUCAGUCUUAGAUAUGGGGACGGAUCUUCGACAUUGGCCAUUAAGUACCCAGACACGUUUAUAAAAGGCGAUUGGGAGGAUGCCGUUCUAGCGGGACUUCCAUUGAGAUUCGUUCAUAUCCCUGGGGAGACAGAUGAUCAGAUUGGCGUAUGGAUACCCAGCGAGAAAGCAUUCCUGUGCGCUGACGACCUGUACAAGGCCUUCCCCAACCUAUAUGCCAUCCGCGGUACAACCAGCAGGGAAUUAAUGCAGUGGGUCCGGUCUAUCGAUAAGAUUAUUGAUUUACAGCCCACCAUGCUGGUGCCAAGUCAUACCCGGGCAGUAAUUGGGCACGCCGAGGUGGCGACAUUGCUAACAGAGUACCGUGACGCUAUCCAGUUUGUCCACGAUCAGACAAUACGGUUGAUCAACUAUGGAUACACCGCUGAUGAAAUCGGAAAUAUGCUAAAGCUGCCUGCACAACUAGCAAAGAAUCCAUACCUUCGUGAGUUCUACGGCACCGUUAAAUGGUCAGCAAAAUCUGUGUUCACGUAUUACGAAGGUUGGUUUAGCGGCGAUCCUGUUGAUUUAGAUCCACUUACCCGGGGUGAACGCGCAGACCGGAUGGUUGAACUUAUAGACAAGGAUGGCAUUUUGGAUGCAGCAAAGAAGGCUCUUAAAAAUGAGGACUUUCAAUGGGCAUUGGAAUUGGCAUCUUUUGUGGCAAGGACAGAUCCAGAGAACAAACAGGCGAAUGACCUAAGAGUUGAGGCCUUAAUCGAGCUUGGUUCGCGACAGUUGAGUAACAAUGGGCGCAAUUAUUAUCUUACUUCGGCUAUGGAGAUUGCUUCAGGUUUGAAAUUGACUUCGCCUAGUGCCGCUAAAUUGGCGCUUAUUUCGGAAUUCCCACUUGAAUAUCCGCUUUCCGCAUUCCCAACUAUAUUUCGGGCCGAUGAAUGUGAAACACGAAACGAGACCGUUUAUUUCAAUUUUCAAGAUCCUGUAUCACACCACUACGUUCGGUUCAGAAAUGGUGUUGUAAUUAUCCGCCACGAGGUGCCACAUAAUUGGGAUAUCAAAGUUUCUUCGAGUGUUUCAUCUUGGAAGCAGAUCCUGACAGGCGAAUCUAGUGCUGUGGUGAUGCUUGCAACGGGGGAAAUCUCCAUAGAAGGCGGAAUUCUUGCUUUCAAGUCAUUCAUGGGAUGCUUUGACAGGGAUAUAAAGUACACAAACUUUUAAUUGUUUCUUAGAAUGCGAUAACAGACAAUGUACGCCACAGGUACUUAUUUUUUUUUCAAGAGUACUCUUAUUAAUAUAUAUAUAAGGACCACAAUUUGUUCAAGUACCUGUGAUGUACGCUAUUAAGACGCUUGUAAGACCUGUCUCACUAUGUCGGUUAUUUACUGGUGACUGAGGAUUUAUUUAAAGUUUUGUUAGAACUCUACAUCCUUUUAAUGCCCGUCUUGUAGAGCGCAACCUAACGCAAGUAAGAGCUUCCAAUUUAAGAAGCUUGUCGAAACCACAAUAAUAAACUAUAUACCUUUUAGAAACAAGGUAUUGUUUAUCUAAAAGUAAUACAUGCAUCGAUAUAACAUGCAAAAACCAGUUAUUGACGAAAAAAUGCUUUUGUAUUGUGUUUUAUUUAACCUUAAUUAAAUUCUUAUAUAUAUAUA